CAUAGUCAUCCCUACUUUGGGUAGAGGUAGAGGUAGGUAGUUGGGUCAUUGGCAUUUGGCACGCCAUCAGCAUGAGCUCUCCUCCUCCUUCCUAGCUCCUCCUCCUCCCUAUAGAUAGAAAGCUCCUGCUCCCCGUCCAAAGGAGAUGAGGCUCAUGAUUGGUCGUCGGAGAUGGCCGGCUUCGUCCUCGUCCUCGUCCUCUUCCUGCUCCGGAUGGAGGGCUUCCACAUACACCAAUCGCUCCUAGUGCAUGCGACACGCCGACACAAUCACAAGCUAGGUAGCUAGCUAGCAUAAGUACCACCCCGAUCGGCAGGCUGGAGCUGGAGGCUGGAGCUGGAGUUGCGUGAGAGAAAAACACUGUUGCCUGGCUGGUGGCUGGAGGCUGGAGCUGGAGUUGUGUGAGAGGGAAAUACUGUAGAAGCUGGAAGCUGUGGGCAGUGAGGUUGCAGGUGGCGUCUUGUUGUCAUCGCUCGCAUCGCAGCUGUCACGUUUGUGGCGCCUCUUUGACGGCGGAGGGUCAUCAUGGCCGGGAUGCUCCCCGGCGUGGAGUGCGCGCGGCGGCGGCGGCUCCGGCAGGGCGGGUCGUCGUCCGGUGCGGCGGAGGCGCCGUGCGGGACGCGGCGGCCGUCUUUCUGCCUGUACGCCGGCGGCCAUGACCACGCCCACCUUGGCUCGGCGGCGGCUUCCAAGGAGAGGAUCAGCAGCGUGUGCAAGGAGAUGAUGGCGCGCGCGUGGACGCUGGACACUAACGCCCGGGAGGCGAAGGAGAGGCUGGACCAGAAGCUCAGAGGGCAAAGAGAAUCUUUGGUCAAGAGGCAUCAGAGCACGGGCACGGUGCGACCCCCGACGGCGAAGCCACACCCAAACGCAACGAGCACGAGCGGCGGCAGCAAUCUCCAGCACUCGGCCACUACGGCGGCGCCGGCGACACCCGAGGCUGGCGCGACGCCAGCGGCGCCGUGGGUGCUGCAGCGGGAGGUGCUCUCGAAGCCGGCGAACGUGGGGGGUGCGGCCCGGCGGCGCCGGUUCAGCUGGAGCCUGCUGGGGCGGCGCAGGCCGCCGCCGGCGUCGGACUCGGAGGCGUCGGAGUGCGCGGUGUGCCUGGAGGAGCUCCAGGUGGGGGACGUGCUGGUGCACCUGCCCUGCGCGCACCGCUUCCACUGGUCCUGCGGCGUGCCCUGGGUCCAGGCCGCCUCGCGCUGCCCCGUCUGCCGCGCCCUGGUCCACCUCGCCCCCAACUGACCGGCCUGCCGCGGGAUGGCUUGGCCGCCCGCUGGCCAGCCGGUCAUCUUCUUCUUCGGCCGGACGGAGCAAGGCAGGUGAACGCGUGACCGCGCCGCCGCCGUGCGUGGCACGCCCAGGCCAUGGACACGGGCGGAUGGCAGUGGCAGGCAGGCUGCGGGUGGCCGUGCGUGCGCGGGAUGGCUCGUGUGGAGGACACAGCAGAGUGGUGCGCGUGCGAGACAGAUCAGGGUCAGAUGAUGGUGCCCGGCGAGACGGAGCACUGAGCGCAUGGAGUCGCUGCGAUCGCACGGGGCGUCAGUUUCCUUUUACCUGUGCAGCUGUGCUACUGCCUACUACUAGUAUGGAUCAUUCAUGGAGCCAUGUGCUGAUUAGUUUGCUCGGUUAGUUCUUUCUUCUUUAGUAUUGCAUAGCUGCUCACAACGCUGGUUAUCCAAAUAUGUGUAUUAUCUAUUAUCUUAUUAUUUGGCCAACAAAUGGAGUCUUCACGUUCGCUCUCAA